AUGAAGGAAGAGCUUUUAAUUCAAUAUUUCUAUGAAGGACUACUUCCACUGGAGAGACAAAUGCUUGAUGCUUCAGCGGGAGGUGCUUUGGUUGACAAAACACCAGUUGCUGCGAAGAUCUUUAUAGCAAACCGAGCUUUGAAUGCACAACAAUACGAAGGAGUUGGAGGGAGAGAUCAUACACGGCCAAGUCCAGUUAAUGAGGUUGUUGAAGGAUCCAAAGUGCAAAGUACAGCCACUUGUAGCGUGUGCUCUAUGCAUGGACACCCCACUGAUCAAUGUCCUCAAUUAAUAGAGAAUGGGGGAUGGGAAAGUGCCAAUGCCGUAGGUUAUCAAGGCCAAAAUCAACCUAGGUAUGACCCAUUUUCAAACACCUACAAUCCGGGCUGGAGAGAUCAUCCAAAUUUGAAGUGGAGGGAGCCUCAACAACAACAAGGCGGAUAUAGACAGCCACCUCCGGGCUCUAUCAAAGGCCGUUCGCACCAGCACAACCUCAACCACAAACUGCCCAAUCAAAUUCAGGGUUUACAAAAUCAAGCCAAAGAGAUGAGCGAAGUGAAGAAGCAAAUUGGGCAGAUGGCGGAAUUCAUGGGACAGUUUAGAGAAGAAGGCAAACUACCUAGCUCAACCAUUGUCAAUCCAAAGGAGGUUUUGAAACGGCUAAAGCUAUCAUCUUGA